UAGUAAGUCAAGGGAGGUUCUCCUCUCCCUGUAUUCUGCCUUGGUGAGGCCACAUCUGGAAUAUUGUGUCCGGUUCUGGGUCCCUCAGUUCAAGAAGGACAGGGAACUGUUUGAAAAAGUCUAGCGCAGAGCCACGGAGAUGAUGAAGGGAGUGGAACAUCUCCCUGAUGAGGAAAGGCUGAGGGAGCUGGGUCUCUUUAGCUUGGAGAAGAGGAGACUGAGGGGCGACCUCAUCAGUGUUUACAAAUACUUUAAGGGCAAGUGUCUGGAGGACAGAGCCACGCUCUUCUCAGUGAUGUCCAGUGAUAGGACAAGGGGUAGUGGGUGCAAACAGGAGCGUAGGAGGUUCCAUGUAAACAUCAGAAAAACCUUCUUUCCUGUGAGAGUGACAGAGCACUGGAACAGGCUGCCCAGAGAGGCUGUGGAGUCUCCUUCACUGGAGACAUUCAAAACCUGCCUGGACAAGUUCCUGUGUGAUGUGCUCUAGGUGAUCCUGCUCUGGCAGGGUGGUUGGACUGGAUAAUCUUUUGAGGUCCCUUCCAAGCCCUAAGAUUCUGUGAUUAAACAAAGUGAGAUUAAAUAUUAAACCAGUUAUGUUUCCAGUUAAAUUUGAAAGCCUAACAAAUUUUACUUUUUGUGUUAAGCUUUAGAUACUCAUGUGGGCUUUUAGCUUUUACCAGCCUUGCCAUCACUGACUAUAUGUGUACGUGGAAUAUAUACAGAACAUUUUAAAGACUCCAAGAUUUAAUAUCCACUUACAUUUGCAUGCUUAAUUUGUAUGUAUGGCUAUAGCUUUUCUAAAAGCAUUCAUGACGUAUUUGUAGGAGCACGUACCAUCCACAGUUGUUUCAGAAGAUGAGAUGGAGAGUGUAUGUAUAGAGAUGUUUAUCUACAUCGCCUGGAAGAUCUUGGCCAUAAUCUUUUGAGACACUGUUCCUACAAAUCCUGUGAUCCAUAUUUGAUAAAUAUAAUCUGAAUGAGAAGAGGGAGAGGAGUAUGCAUCUAUUAACUGUGCUUGAGCAGGAGAUUGUAAUGAUUGGGAUGAAAAGGGAGUGGUUGUUAAUGAAGAGGGAGAGUUAGGGGUGGGGAAUAGUUAAUUACAUGAAAUAUAAGCUCUUAUGGAAAAACUGGUUGAGCAACCAGUCUUCAUGGCUUCAACACACUAUUUUCAAUAAAGACAAGCUGGUAAAAGCAGCCUUUAAAAUGUUGAUAGUAGGUCAAGUUCUUACAGCCUUGGCUGUAUUUUUUCUGAUUGUGCGGUUUUUAAAGUUGCAACGAGUACGGAGACAUCUUCCUCCUGGACCCAUCCCUCUUCCAGUUUUGGGGACCUUGAUACAGCUGAACUUUCAGUUUAAUCGUGAUGUCCUCAUGAAGAUGGCAAAAUAUCAUGGCAACAUAUACACCUUAUGGUUUGGAUGGACCCCAGUGGUCAUACUGAAUGGAUUUCAAGCAGUUAAGGAUGGUAUGACCACGCACCCUGAAGAUGUUUCUGGUAGACUAGUAUCUCCUUUCUUCAGAGCUAUGGCCAAAGGAAAAGGGAUUAUGUUGGCAACUGGUCACACCUGGAAGCAGCAGAGGAGGUUUGCACUGAGGACUCUGCGCACCCUUGGUCUGGGGAAAAGAGGUCUGGAGCAUCGAGUUCAAGAAGAGGCCCGCUACCUGGUAGACUUCUUUGCAAGUAUGAAAGGCAAACCCCUGGAUCCUUCUUUUCCUCUCAUUCAUUCCGUCUCAAAUGUAAUUUGUGCUGUUGUUUUUGGACAUCGCUUCUCUAGAGAGGAUGAAACCUUCCAUGAACUGAUUAGAGCCACAGAGCGUCUAUUCAAAUUUGGAGGCAGCCUUGUUCAUCAUCUGUAUGAAAUCUUCCCCUGGCUGAUGUGCCAUCUCCCUGGCCCUCACAAGACUGCAUUGGCUUGCUAUAAUGUCCUGAGCUCUUUUACAAGGAGAGAGAUCAGAAUGCACAUAGAGCGUGGGAUACCAGAUGAGCAGGAGGAUUUCAUUGACUUUUACCUGGAUCACAUUGAAAAAUCCAAAAACGAACCCAUGUCGACUUUCAAUGAAGACAACAUGGUUUAUUCUAUAAAUGACCUUUUCUUGGGUGGGUCAGAGACAACAAGCACUACUUUGAACUGGGGCCUGCUCUACAUGGUGGCCAAUCCAGACAUCCAAGAGAAAGUGCAGAAGGAGUUGGAUGCUGUUCUGGGUCCUUCCCAGUUAAUCUGCUAUGAGGAUCGGAGGGAGCUGCCCUACACGAACGCUGUGAUCCACGAGAUCCAGCGCUUCAGCAACAUUGUCUCGGUUGGCAUGCCCCGAAGGUGUGUGAGGAACACCACCUUGCUUGGCUUUCCCCUCAGAAAGGGCACUGUAGUUUUUCCAAAUAUUGCUUCAACAUUGUAUGACCCAGAGCAGUGGGAAACACCUCGGAAGUUCAACCCUGGUCACUUUCUGGAUGAAGAUGGAAACUUUGUGAGCCGAGAAGCCUUUUUACCAUUCUCAAUAGGGCACCGUGUGUGUUUGGGGGAGCAUCUAGCAAGGACCGAGCUCUUCAUUUUCUUUGCCAACCUGCUGCGGGCCUUCACCUUCCGGCUGCCAGAGGGGGUGACAGAGAUCAGCACGGAGCCCAUUCUGGGGGGCACGCUGCAGCCCCACCCCUACAGGCUCUGUGCCAUUCCACGCUAGGGUGGACAUGUGCAGUAUGUCACAGACCAUCAGCAGUCUUACUUACCUGCGUGAAUGUAUGUCUUGAGACUUUAUAAUGUCUUUCUCUCUAUGAUAUGAAUUUCUGCUCCAAAAGCCACCUUGUGUCCGCAGCAGGUAAAUUUGCUCAGACCCUGUUAGCUUUUGAAGGUUAUUUUUUCUUCUUUGGGUAAAAGUUCUUUUGAUCUGGAGCACACCAUCAUCCUCAGCCAUACUGCCAUCACACAGUUGUUGUCUGGCCUGGCAGAUUUAAAUCUGGUACUUGAGCAAAUGACAAAAUUGACUGGCAGACGUAGAAAAUUAAUUCAUUAUCUCUGAGCUAUCCUGUUUUCAAAAGUAACGGAGAUUGGAAAAAACAUACCUGGAAAAUUUUGCCUCUUUAUAUUGCUGUUAUCACUCAUAACAUUUCAGUCAACUUUUUGUCAAUGGUCACUAGUAAAAGAUGUGAAGGAAAAAUAAGCAACUAGUUUUAUUUAUGGAUGACAAUUUCUAGGUAUGACCCAGCAGAACAAGUACAUGGCAUCUUUAAAACUGCAGAGGAUAAUUGGUGUGAGUCCAGCCGAGAAAAGGUACAGGCUGAAAGUUGGUUACAGAGUGAAGAUACAGAAAGAUAGGGGUUUUUUAAUUAUUAUUAUUUUUAGGGCAGAUGCUUGUAAUAUUUUAAAAUUCUGCCAAGUUUAUUUUUGGAAAGUCCUUUCUAACAGAGCAACUGUUUACUCCUGUGAGUUAGCUCCUGUUGGGAUUGGCACUGGGUGGUUGCAAGGAGCUCCUCCAAGGAAAAUUUUGGGUUGAGGAGCCUGCUGGAAUUAAAGCUGAUAGCAAAUUGAAAAAUAUACACGGAAAAGACCACAGAUACAUUUUAAACACCUCAGAAGUUCAGCUGUAUACCUGAAGCUAGAAAGGCUUGUCAUAUACACAAAAUAAUGGUGAAAUUCAGUGAGAGAGCCUGUAAUAGCAGAAAAGGGAAAAAAUAAAAUUGUUCCUGUGGUGA